UAAAUUCAAAACUCGUAGACUGGUAGCAGAACCUGGCAAGGUUUAAAGAAUAUUAUUGGAAAGCGAAACGAAAAACAAGGAAGCAGCGAAAUUAAGAAAGGAAGAAAAUAAAGAUUGGACAUUAUAGCAAAUUCUGGCUGGAUAUGAAUCCACAAUAGCAAAUGGACCAGAACUUGUUGAUUACUUUGCGAUUUUUUAUACGACGGAGCGUCUGGAAUUAGAGUGUAUACAAAACUGUAGUGAUAGCACACAAAGAUAUUUCGCAACCACUCCAAGCAGUGGGGAGUGCAGUGGAAAUAUAAAAUGUAUACACGCGAUACAGAAUUGCGACGACUGCAAUCCAACGAUGUGAACCGGCUGGCGGAAACGUUGGGAUUCGUUGGAGGAAGAAAGUUGAUGGAAAAUAUACCGAAACAUUGGUCAAAUCAAGACGGAUACAAUGUUGAAGAUUCUGUUAGAGGAAGCCAAAGAUGGAACGGUUCUAAUGUGAUAGAGUUAAAAUACAAGCCAGAACAAGUUCGGCUAAUAGAAGAAGCAACAAAACAAACUAGUGGCUGUUAUUUUGCAGAGAUAUUAAUACAGGAAUGGAGCACCAGUGGCCGCAAACAUGAACGUCCGACAGUUGGUCUGUUAUUACAAUUACUGAUAAAAGCAGAUCUCUGGAAUGCAGCAGACUUUGUAGCAGAACAUUUCCUGAAUGAACCCCCACCCGAACGUCCUUUGGAAGGACCUGGUGCAAAAGUUGACAUAUCAAUUCCAACAGAAUGUUUGAGAAGUGUUGUAGAUUUUGUAAAUGAUUCGGUCGGCUAUCCAGACACUGAAACGCUCAACGAUAAUAUAAAUAGAACGAAUGGAUUGGACGAUCACAAUCGAGAUUAUUACACAAAGUUUUCACCUUUGAAUAAGGACUUAAACACCGUGGCACCAAAACCGCCACCUCGGACACGAUCCGCGCGUCAUCAAAGUACACAACACAGUCUGCAGCAGCAACUACCGAUACAACAACAGCAACAAAAUAUUCAGAAAGCACCAACCGACAACGAAGCAGCAACUGCAGAGGCUAAUGACCAAAAUAGACGCCCUCAAAGUCAUGAUAAUAUUCAAGUAUCUAAACAGCCUCAAAAUGUAAAUUCAUUAAUGCAUAAUACCAUAACUUCACAUAAUAUACCAGAAUUGAGCGAUCUACUUAAAUCCAAUAGCAAUCUGCAUUCUGCGAAAUCAGAAGAUGCACGCGAAAUACCUAUCGUUUCCCUUCUUGAUUCUAAAUCUAAAAAUGUACCUAGUAUACCAGUUGUUGCUUCCACAUCAAAUACGACAUCGAUGGCGGGAUCUGAUAUACUCGGAAGUCUACCAUUGAUUACUGAACUGAAUUCUGAUGGUGUGGAUAUUGAAGUUUCGAAUGAUUUUCAAGGAGACAACUCUGAUUCAAAUCAAUUGACACACCAAAUUACUUCACCCUCUCCAAAUGGUUUAAGUGAUGAUAGUCGCUGUAGUAGUUUAAGUAAUGAUAGUUUUGACGAUGGCGAUUACAGUGCUGUAAAUAAUUCGGAUGUUGGUAUUGUUGAUAUGGAGAAUGCAGAUGGAAAUUCUUGUGAUCAGAGCCUGCCAAAUCUAAGUAUUUUCGGUCGACAAAGUCCCAAUAAUGACUCCAGUUUGACGACUGUAACGUGCACAAGUGGUGACAAUAGCUUCGAGCUGAGCUUAAACGAUUCGAGUUCAACAUCAACAACGGACCCCACUGCGCAAAGAAAGUAGGGUUGCGUUCGGGUUGCUGUCAUGACUGUUUUGUCAUUCCUACGAUAGAAGAUAUUAUAAAAUGGCAUUCCAAAAGAUACGUGCAGCAUUAUUUGUGAGCAUCAAUUUCGAAAAAAAUUAUUGAUUGCUUAUAUGUAUAGUUAAAAUAUAACACUUGUUACAUAAAAUUGAGAUAUAUGUAUAUCCUCUGCGAUAAACACAUUAUAAGACAACUUUAAAUCAUAUUUAAAAGCAUUUAAUGUAAAAGUUUUACAAUAUAAGUUGCAGUAGAAUUUUGACUCAGUUGAAAUUCUUAAAACAUAUUUAUGAGU